AACAGAGACAAGCUAGGAACGAGUUUCUAUUUAUGUCAACGACAGAUGAAAUUUAGACUAGCCACGUCGCUUCCACGUCACAUCCUUAGGCUUAGUUUCCUCAAGAUUUUAAUACUCCUAGUAGUGCUUUUGUCGACAUCUGGAUAGUAAGAACUUAUAUUGUGUUGUUUAUUUUAUUGUGCGGCUCCAUUUGUUAACAUCUUCUCAAAGACAUAGCAAGUAAUGAUCGCUCCUCGAAUGAUUGUCAAACCUGGUUGAAUGAUUAUAAAUCCUGAUUGUUGGUGUUUGUAAUAUUUAAUGAUGGUGUCAAUAGGUUCAGACUAUGAGUUUCCUUGAUGUGGACUUGGUUUGAAAUCACCCGAUGCAUUUUGAAGAGUUGAUAUCUAUGUCAUUUUUUGAACUCACCCUCAGUCAUAAACGCUGACCAUCCAAGUGCCAUAAUCUCUAAUUCAGAAUGGAUGUUGAGUUAGAGAAUGUUGUGAAGCUGAUUUUUCCUGACGGUGUUCCUGAGGAACUGGAAGAUAACCCACAGCUAGUAGGAUACUUGAAUAAAUUAGGAACUUACAAUGUAGAGCAACUAUCUAAAGAGCAGGAUCACUUAUCUGAGGAGAAAACAGUCAUCUUAAAUCAGACCAAAGAUUUAGCUUCUACCAACUACAAGACCUUCAUUAAAACUGCUGAGUGUUCUCGAGAAAUCUUUCAACAGUUUGGAAAAACAGAGGAAAGGCUGAAAUCAUUAAUUAAGGAUCUUCCGGAAUUUGCAAGCUCCUGUCAAGAAUUUAAUGAAAAAUCAAAUGGCAUUAAAUCAAGGAGACGCUUGAACACUCUACUACUAACUUUAAAUGCUCAACUAUUACAAAUAUUAGAAAUCCCUCAGCUUCUUCAUCAUUGUAUCCACAACAAUCUAUAUGAAGAGGCACUGCAACUAGCAGCGUAUGUGCGAAAACUGGGCAAUAGACAUUCCAAUAUUCCAAUCAUUGCUGGUUUGGUUGAAGAUGUUGAAAAAUUAUGGUGGUCUCUCAUGGAUCAACUAGUUGCCAAUUUACGAACAGACAUUCAGCUACCUCGGUGCCUUCAAGUUAUCGGUUUUUUGAGGAGAAUGGAUAUUUUUACUGAGUCAGAACUGAAAUUAAAGUUUCUACAAGCAAGAGAUACGUGGCUCCAGUCAUUGCUUUCUACAAUACCUACUAAUGAUGCAAGUCAUCACCUAAGUAAAACCAUUGAGCUUUCUCGGAUUCAUUUGUUCAAUAUCUUAACCCAGUUUCGAGCUGUUUUCAGUUACGAUGACACCUCGGCAAAAAGAUUUUCUGUAUUUGAAUCUGGUUUAUUCUACUCCUGGAUCAAUUUAAAGAUACAAAUAUUUUUAGAUACACUAGAAGAAGACCUUAAACUGUGUCCAUUUUCAUCAUUAGAUUCUCUUUUGGGUCAGUGUAUGUACUUUGGAUUGUCAUUCAGUCGAGUUGGGGCUGACUUCAGAGCCCUUGCUGCACCGAUAUUUCUUAAGAAAAUCAAUGAUCACAUUGAAAAAAAUAUGGAAAAAACUGAUGCUGUUCUUGCUAGUGAAAUGGAUACUUUUGCUCUUCCCAAGGCUGUGUAUUCAGGCAUUAAAUCCAACACAAAUUUGGAACUAUCAUCUGGUCAAGAGCAUCCACCAUCAAAGCUGCUCGAUUUUCAUCCUCUGGCCAAUUAUUGCAAUAAUUUAUUAAACAUGUUUAAUGAAUUGAGACUUUGUGCUCCAUUGAAUGUCGCUCAGAAUGUAACUCAAUUAAUGCAGUCAUCGUUGAGAAAGGCAAGCUCACACAUAAAAUCAUUUUAUAGGCAGGAGCAACAGGCUUUGACAUCCAAUGAACGUGAAAUGUUGACACGACUAUGUCAAUGCUAUUCUUAUGAAUUUGUACCUUUCAUUCAAAGAUGCAUCCAUGCAAUUUUUCCUCCACACCAAAUUGCCAAGCAUCUUGGAAUUAGCCAAACCCAGUUACAUCGUAUGAAUUUAACUUACCUGGAUGAGAGCAAUAUCCUUGAUCCCAUCAACCACUUGUUACCAGUAACUCUGGUACAAUCACCAGCUUCUCAAUCGACAACAUCACUGAAGUCCGACUUAACUCCUGAAUCGAUCACCGGACCAUCAUCACAAGUUCAACCCUCCUCUCCCAAUGAUACACCAUUUUCGCCCACAGCUUCAACCCAUGUAGAACUGUCAACUCCUGUUCUCAACGAAUCUGCUGCCCAGAGAUAUGGAAACGUGCCAGAUUCUCAGCUAAGUACCUCCUCUCAGUCAGCUUUAAACCCAGAUCUCUCGUAACCUUGAUUUACCCUUGCAAAAUGGAAUGCACAAAGUUGCUCUUUAUUUAUUUAUUUAUUAAUUUAGAGUUACCUAAAAUGGGAAAUCGCAGGAUCCUAGUUCAUUUGAUACAUCUGAAAAGGCUUGGAUUUUUAUGUCUUUCUCAAGUCUUAGAGCAUUCUUUACUCAUUUUAAAAUGCGGUUUUUUCCAACUGUUAUUCGGAAAAAUUAUAGAUUUUUGCCCAUAAGGUGCUCUGUAAAAAUGUAGACUGAUUAAUUAUCUGCAACCCUAGACUUUUUCCCACAGAAUUAUUUUAGCUCUUAAAAUAGGCCAUUCUAGUUCAACUUUUAGUGACUCUUGUAACUAAUGGUAGAGGUGAUCUACCAGGGGGUAGACACGGACAGAAAGACGGAACUAGAGAAUAAACUAGAAAUACUUUAUUCGGAAUACAAUGAAAAACAGAUCGGGAGUUGCAAGAAGACUGAAGCUCAAGAAUGUUCUCCAAUAGAACAGGAAUGGCUAGACCUUUUAUAGGGAGAGCCAAGCGGCGACAUCAAAAGCUGAAUAGGCGAAAUGACAUGCGCCGGACCGGUAACCACGCGUAGGCAAUGGCCUUCCUCUCAAAGGUCAUUGUCAAGUACGUCAGACGAAAUAGACGAACCUAGCAGAAUGUCAUUUUGUAACUCCUCCGCCCUAAGGAAAAAUGUAUGGGGGGGAAAAAAAUUUGAGAGGUUCCUUCCACCAAAAAUUUGCAUACAAAAGCAAAAGUUGAACCAAAAGCAAGGGAGAAGAUUAAACAAGGAAACAAUGUAAAUAAUUAAAAUUGCCUCCAGUCUUGCUUCUUCUUUUUUUUUUACCUAUUUAUACCUCAGCGAAGCAUAUACAUAUUAUAAUGAUUUGUCGCAAGAAAAGAUGACAUAGUUAUAACAAAGAAAACAAAAGUGAUUUUGAGACAACGAGCAAACACAUUUGUAACAUUAGAAAAAAGAACUAUUGCAAAGAAAUGAUUAAAGGUUAUAGUCUAAAUGAUGCUCAUUUAACAUUUUGAGGAAGCCCGGGUCUACCGUUUGGCAAUUCAACGGGGGGCGGAUUUAUCGCCUUGUCUUUUAAUAAUAUUAUCUCCCCACAGAAAUUUAACACCUUCCACCAAUUCUCCGCUGAUUCCAACAUUUCAUCUACUAUAGUUUCUGGGGUGAGCACCCCAAGGCUACUGAAGAGUGAAGCCUGCUGCUCCUGAAAAGCGCCUCAACCAAAAAACGUAUGUCCCGCAGAACCCGGAGGCAUAUGUUCGGAGGUGCCAUGUCCACACCGAGUUAUUAGAGGCCUCCCACUCGUCUUGCCACUUAGCCCUAGUAGAACCCCUUGCCUUAGGGCGAGGAACUCCACAUCCCAAGCUAACCUGCUCCUGAAGAGUGAGGGGACAAGGAGAGGAGGGGUGCCAGAAAUCACAUUCAGGGCAUUAUUAGGUACAGAAACGUACGCACUCGCUAAUCUCCGCUUGAGAGGCCUGACACACCUGUUACUUAGCAGUAGACGAACGUAGCAGAAUGUAAUUUCGUAACUUAUGUUAAUUGUUUUUAACUUAAAGUUUUGAGUCUUUCUAUCUUAAAAUUCUCCUGCACCAUAUGUUAGUCCUUCUUUGGCCUUUGCUUCCUCUUCAGUCUUCAUAUUCUCAAUCUUCUUCUUCUGCCCUGGAAUUCCAAGGAUCGACGAACGAAUGUUAUUCUGUGACCCCGCUUACCGGCCCGCUUCUUCCCAAUGGCUGUGGAGCUUGAUCCAGGACUUAUACCAGUGUUUCUUAUCAGGUAUAGCUCUGAAUGCUCUCCGAAAUUAUUUUCUCCUACUGCUUGAGCUGCAGCAGACUCAACAAUUUUCUUAGAUGUCUACCUCCCUUUGUUGCAAUAACUCCAAAUCACGGAAUGCAACGAUUCAUUUGCAUUCUGUGUGAAGCCUCGCAAGCUCCGCUCCAAUAAUAUUUUGUCAGCAAGACAUUUGUAGAUUGGAGCCACAUGCUGAACCUCUAAAGCACUGAGAGGUGUCUUAAUAUUUUCUGCAUGAGGAGGCACAGGUUCCUUUCAACUAAGGGAUCGCUGGUUGAAACACCACCUGUCUUUGCCCUCCGUACAAUUUUUGUGGUCAGGAUUAGAGUCGAUUGAGGUACAAUGACAGAGUGUGGCGAAUAUUGCUUUCCUCAUGGCAUCAACUCCUUUCUAUCUGUUAGAUAAAAUUGGAUAAAAUUGUUAGAAAAUUGUUGAUAAAAUUGUUUGAUAAAGUUGGAAGACCCGUUAUAUUUUUGGGCAAGGUUUCUUGGUAAAAUUUCCUAACAGUUUUAAUUUCAGAAUACAAUUUGGAGAGGGUGAUGAUAGAAGGGUGUACUUGAUUAUUAUUACAGAACAGUAAAGAGGUUUCGAUUUCAGUCAUAAAAGAUAAGAAGACGAGACUAUAGGACGAAAGGUAGUUAAUUGUUUCAAGAAUAUGUAUGUGAUUUUCAGUUAUAGCAAGAUUACUUUGAACAGCAUUAACAGCACUUAGUUUUUGAGUCAAAAUACGCUCAUUGUUGUCAAUUCUAACUAAAACUUCUUUAUUUUUGUUUAUUAUGGAUGUGCUGAGACUGUAACUCUGUUGCACCACCCCGAGGUCGACUCGUAACCAGCAUCUUGUCCUCCCGCUUUACCGACUAGUAGUAUACAAAUGGGCACGCCGGCGACUUUGCAACCUGACGACAACGACUGCAAAGCCCGCUCCAAACCAUCGACGAACACUUUGCAACCUGGGGUCAACGACCGCCCCCGCAAAGUCCAACAGUAUGUUGACAACUUUAAGCGUAUCUUUGCAGAAACCCAUUCAUUAUUUCUUCGAAGUAUGAAAAUAAAUCGUCGCUCCUAUGACGUAAUGUUGUA